CAUGUGAAGAUGCGACGAGUCCAGCCGUAGUUGUUCGGCCAAGCACGAGGGGAGUAUACGUUCCGUCCCUGAGUAAAAACUCACUGAAAUUCAAUCACGAUGCUGGUGGGCAUAAGGAUGCAGACGAAAAUGACGACUUUUGUCGUUUUCACAGCAUUCCUAGUCAUUUCCAUGUCCACUGAAAUCUCAGGAAAUGAUGGAGAUGUAUUACAACGCACCAUGCCAGCCUACACUAUCGCCAAAAAUGCCCAUUUACUCCCAGCUUCGAGCAGAUGUCGAUAUCAAUUGGAAAAGUUGAGGGAAGGUAUUGACGAUCGCAAGUUGUGGAGUUUACGAAUGUUGGAUGCCAGUGGAGCGCCAAAGCCCGGUUUCGUUUACGGAAAUAAUUUUUGGAUAGGAUCACAAUCCCAGUGCCACGAUACUAACAACCCCGAGCCUGUAGUACUGAACCCUAAGUACAUGGAGAAUAUUACCUUGUACAGAAAUCCAGAGGAGGAAACUCCACCUUAUCUCGUGCAUUAUUUCGCUGCCAAGUUCACGCAUAACGGUACCGUGCAGUACCAGGAAAGACUAUUUGAUGAGGAUGUCAUAGUAUUGGGAUUAUGUUUACCUGAUAUAUGUCGUAGCGAGCAACUGAGUACGAUAUUAGAAAAGAUCUUUAGAGAAAGAGAACUAUCAAUUGGUAACUUAUACAGCAUGGACUUCACUCUUCUGACCGUCAAGGAUCUCAGAAAUGACCCGAUGUACGUGAAUUGGCGAGUCAUUGCUACAGGGGUUAUCCUGCUAGUGACGCUAUUGAUGGUUAUUAUUGGUACGUGUUAUGAUCUUCGGGUCCAUCAGAAACGACUUGAGAGAAAUAAAUUAUGCGGUCCUGGUCCGAAAUUGAACGUGGAAAAUGGUGGCCCUUCGAAUCCGCCUCCGCCUGUCAGUCGUCCUAGUGCAGUUGGAGCAGUAGUAUUAUCUUUCUCGGCUUACACAAAUUCAAAAUUCAUCUUCGAUACGUCCGACAAACGAGAAAUGACCUGUCUAGAUGGUCUCAGAUUUUUCAGUAUGGGAUGGGUUCUAAUAGUCCAUACAGUGUUGUAUGGAUUUAAAGCAACUGAUAACAGCAGAUGGCAAUAUAGAUUGGGCAUGGAAUUAGUAUCGCAGAUAAUCAGUAAUGGCUCUUUGUCUGUGGACACGUUUUUCUUUUUGAGUGGAUUCUUAGUCGCAUACAUUUUUCUGAAGACUAACAAGCCGAAUGCUGACAAACCACCGAAAGGAUUUCAAUUAACAGAACUGAUCGAGGCAACUGUGAAACGAUUCAUCAGACUUACACCACCCUACCUGAUGGUCAUCGGUUUCGCAGAAAUGGCUGGUGGGUAUUUCAAUCUGACGUCCCAAUUUUCCACAUAUGACAAACUACAAGAAUCUUGUUCUCAAAAUUGGUGGGCAAAUUUGCUCUACAUUAAUAACAUCCCACCAUUCAUUGACGUAACAUGCCUCAGUUGGAGUUGGUACCUAUCAGAUGAUAUGCAAUUUUUCAUAGUCGCCACAAUUCUGUUACUGAUCUCCAGAAAAUAUUUGUACACCUCCGUGGGGAUUUCCGUUAUAAUCAUCCUCUCGUCACUCACAAUCACAGGAUAUACAGUCUACACUACAGAAUACGUCCCCACUAUAGAAGAACUUUUUCAUUCUCUGACCGGUGUAUACGCACUACCAUGGCUUCGUAUAGGUCCUUACAUGGUUGGAUUAGGUACAAGCUACUUGGUCCUCAAAAUGAAGAAUAAGGUCAACUUAAAUAAGAAAACCGUCUGGUUAUUAUGGACACUUGGUGCCGCUUGCAAUAUUGUUGCCGUCUUCGGGUUAUACGACAGAAAAUUCUAUUUCUCCCCCAUCCCGGCAGCCAUUUUUGUCGCCGUAUUUCGAACACUUUGGUCCAUUGGUGUUGGAUGGAUUGUAUUUGCAUGUUUGAAUAAUUAUGGCGGAAUUAUCAAUUCAUUGCUCUCUUUCAAAGCAUGGAUGCCAGGGAGUAAGCUGACGUAUUGCGCUUACCUCCUGAAUCCCCUGAUCAUACAAAGCUACUAUUUGAGCGGCGAGCUACCCCUUCACGUCGACUUCAUACCAAACCUGGUUCUCUUCUUGGGAUUUAUCGCCUCCACUUUCAUCUUUGCAUACAUACACACACUGCUGUUCGAAAUGCCCUAUAUGAACCUUAUAAAACUUUAUUAUAUGGCGCGGAGGAAGACUUGACGUUAUUCACAUUACAUAUUUCAAUGAGAUGUACAAUGCAGUAAAAAUAAACGUCACUAUUUGAACUGAAAAA